GGGGAAAGAUGGGAGUUCAGGCCAGCCGGAUUUCUCACGCCGUUCAGCGGCUCCGGCGUUAGUCAAUAAGGGAUCCCACAACAAGGGACGGUCGUUUUCAGCUGAGGAUAUAGAUCAACACGAUGAUCAUGAACACAUCAGGCGCAGAUCGGAUUCCAACGAAUCGAAUGAAGAAAUCGCUGCCGGCUUGGCUCUUCAACAGACAGGUAUCAACGGGGACCUCGAAAAGAUUACCGCUUCUAAUAUUCGAAGAGAAAAGGUUCAGAUUCGAAUUGUCCUCAUUCAACAAGAAGGUGUGUAUCUAUGAAUUCGGAUCUGGAAAGCGAUUCGCGAUUUGGUUCGAUCUCAGGGGUAGCCUUUGGCUGUUGGAUUCAAUCACUGCUCUGAUUUCCUCUGGUAAGCCACCGCACCAAUUCUUGCAAAGAAAUGGGAAUAGAACCCUGAAAAUACACCUCCGGAGCAAUCGGAAUGGGAGAUUUCUUAAGGUGAUUGAAUCUCGGCAAUUUGGUCACACUUACUUCUGUAUUCCAGAGGGAAAAAGAGGGAUUGGUUUCCAAUUGUUUCUUGCAGAUCUUCAAUUCUCUGUCCAUAGUCUCAAGGGAUUAUCAGAGGACCCGAUUCCUGGCCCUGAUGAAGGGUGGAUCUGCUCUGUUGAGAGGGUUUCCAUGAGAAAUCCCAUGUCCAUCUCAGAAUCUUUGCUUCAGAGGGAUGUCAACAUAGGCCUGCUUGGCAUCAUUGAUAAUCCUAAACUUCAUUUUGUUGAUGGGAUUUCUCUGCAAAUGGAAGCUAGAAAAGGGGAUGCCGGAGGAAAGGCUAGUAGUAGUGAUUCAGUUUCUGACCGAAACGGUUGGCAAGAAUCCGAGAUAGUUUCAGAAUCAAGUGUUUACCCCCUCAGUUCAUAGCCAUUCUCAUCUAAAGCAGCACCUCUAUGGGAAAGCUCUGGUAUUUUGCCAGAAUCUGGUGUUAUUGACAAAGGUAGGUCAUCUGAACAGAGUUCCUCCAAGGACAAAGAAGGUUGUGAUGGCUCUUCUGAAAACUUGGCUGCACAGGGGAAUAUGCCACUCAUUUCGUUGAACAAUGGGAGGAGCUAAAAGCACCCCAUCGGGAGAGGGAAAAAUGCCAAGGGCAAGAAAAGGGAAUGAGAAAUCAUCCUCGUUGAAGUUUGAUUGGUUCUAUUUGGUCUCUUUUUAGGAAUAUGCAGCUAUGGUCGAAGUAACAAUAAGGCAUGUCUUACUGCCUUAUUGUUGUAGUAACAACUGGUUCUCCUGGAUUAGAGAAGCUGGCUUUAGAUUUUGGCAUAUAUGAGGGUGUUUGGGAGUGAUUAACUUGUGGGUAAAAUGAUUUUCUCAAAAGCUGAAAACAGAAUCAAUAUAUAUUAGCUUCUCCGAAAUGGUGUUCUAUGUACGAAAUGAUGAUGAAGAAAAGUAGAAGUUGGUAUGCCAAACAGAAUAAAAUGAUUAUCAUCUAAAGCAGAAGCUAAAUUCUGAAAAGCAACGCAGUGCUAAACACCCUCAUAGUCUUGUUGGUCUAUUUGCUGCUUUGACUUUGGCUUUGGUUGAUAUUGUGAUUGGGGGUUUGAGUAAGAAAUUGGAGUAUAAGAAUGAUGCUAGGUGUUGCCCGUCAGAGUUAGACUAAGGAGCAUAUGACAUUGCUCCGUAGAGAAAGAUAUGGCUAUGAUGGUUACAGGAUGACGAGAGGUCAUGUUGUUGAAGCCCGUAACACUAAUAACUCUAUUACAAAGUAGUAUCUGUACAUUCGCAAUGUAUUGAAGCCCGUAAAGUAAUUAUCU